GACCUGGCGAGCGAAGGGCCUAGACUGCCGCGACGCAGCGCCUUCCGCGCUACCGCUAGCAACCAUGGUAUCUGCUCUUUGCAAAAGGAAUAAAGAGAAGACCCUGUCAAGGAGGCCCUGCAAGACUUUCCCGGCAAAUUUCUUCCACCCUGGAGCCUGGGAUGGGCCGCGCCAGCUUGGCUCGCCCCUAGGGGUCAGCGAGCACCGAACCCGGUCAUAUCGCGUGUCUCGUUUAGUGCAAGUACAUUAUGUUUUAGGGAUCCGUAAGCAAACGUCUGAACUUUUUGAUAGCCCAGAACCGCCCUGCCCGGCCCGAACGAUCUGACCAGCAGCCAUGAGCGACAAACAGUUCCCGAAGAAGGUGAUCGAGGCGAUGAAGGAGGCCACCGGCGCCAGCGAGGAGGAUGUCAAGUCCAUGCUGCAGGCUUGCGGCGGGGACGUGAACCUGGCGACCGAGCAGCUCCUUGAGAGCCCAUUCGAGCCCGCGAACAAGAAGAAGGAGCGCAAGGCCGCCAACGAGUCCGAGCGCCGCACCGACUCUCGCACUGGUGGCCGUGGCUAUGAUCGCUUCGCGAAUGGUGGCGCUGGCAGGGGCCGCGGCAGGGGCGAGGGCGGGCGUGGCGGCCGUGGGAGCGGCUACGCGACUGGGCGUGGAUCUACCGGAGCUCCUUCUGGGCGCGCGCCUUCUGCGGGCCCGCGCCCGCAGCAAAGCUCAACUGCUGCUACUGAUUCCAACGGCGCGGCUGCUCACGCGGGAAGCAGCUGGGGCGCGCAGGGCGCGACGGAUGCCGACGCAAAUGCGUGGGGCGCUGCGGGCGGUUCUACCUGGGCCGGUGAGAAGCCUGCCGAGGCUUCCACUACUUCUACCGCGUGGGGCGCUGCGACGCCCGCGACCGCGUCGACAUCCGGCGCAUGGGGCACCGCGACCGCGACGACCAGCGACAACAACAACGCGAGCUCGGGCGCGGCUGCGAGCUCGGCAAACGUUCCGGCUCCCAUCCGGCCGGGUGCGGGCAUGACGAUGGCGGAGAAGCUCAAGGCGUCGCAGGCGAAGCCGCCCGCGCCGGCCCCCGCCCCCGCCCCCGCUCCGGAGCCACCGAAGCCCGCCCCCGCGCCCGCGGCUGCUGCCUCCUCCUCUGCCCCCUCCGAGCCCGCCGCCUCCUCCUCGGUAGAUGCCACCUCCACCAGCUACGCGGCUGCCUCGGCCGCGCCCGCGGCCGCCAGCACCUGGGGCGCGGACGCCGGGAAGAACCUGAUGGGCAUGCUGGGUGCGGGCAAGGCGCCGGCCGGCGCGGCCGCGCCGGCCGCGCCCGCCGCGGCAGCGGCAGCUGCUCCGCAGGCACAGCCUGCCGCGGUGCCGCAGGCGCCGGCGGCCGCGGCCGCUCCUGCCGCUGACAAGGUGGUGACUCUCUCUGCCGCGGACAACCAGGUGGCGCCGCCCAGCGCCUCCAGCCAGGCCUACCCCGCCUACGUCGCCGCGCCGGCGGCGGAGGCGCCCAAGGCCCCGGCGCCGCAGGCGCCGGCGCCCGCCGCGCCCGGCCAGGCGGAGGUGGACAGCCUGCAGCUCAGCUUCGGCGCCUUCAGCGUGGGCGGCGGCCUGGCCGACUUCGGCACCAACUUCUCCGCCACCUACAACGGCCAGCCCGCCUCCGACCCCUCCAAGGCCGCGCCCGUGCAGCCGCAGCAGCAGCAGCCCGCGGCGCCCGCGCCCGCGCCCGCCGCGCCGCAGCAGCAGCCCAGCGCCGUGGACCCGGCGCAGCAGCAGCAGCAGCCGAACGCCUCCUUGAACCAGUACCAGCAGGCGUACGCGCAGUACGCCAUGCAGGCGGUGGCGGACAAGGCCGCCGGCGCGCCCGGCGCCGCCGCCGGCGGUGCCGACCAGGCCGGUGCCGGCUCCACCUACGGCAGCUUCCCCUCGCAGGCGGCGGCCGCCGCCUUCGGCGGCGCCUUUGGCGGCGCCGGCUUCGGCGCGGGCCAGGUGCCUGACUCUAGCCGCGUGUUUGGCGGCCAGGACUACGGCGCCUACAACCAGGAGGCGCUGAAGCAGGCGACGCAGGCGGCCUACGGCCAGGCGCCGGCGGGCCAGGCGGCUGCCGGCGGCUACCAGCAGCCGCAGCAGGGCGGCGUGCCGCAGGCGCCGGUGCCUCAGCAGGGGGCGGUGCCGCAGCAGGGCGCCGUGCCGCAGGGGCAGCAGAUGCCCGCGGCGGCGGCGGCGGCACAGCAGCAGCAGUACCAGCAGUACCAGCAGUACUACAACCCGCAGCAGCAGCAGCAGGCGCCGCAGCAGCAGCAGCAGCCCGCUGGCGCUAGCUACAACCAGGCCGGCGCCAAGUACAACCCCGCCACGGGCAUGUACGGCCAGGCCGACCUCAACGCCGCCGCCUCCGCCGCCGCCGCCAGCACCACUGCCGCCGGCGCCGCGCCGCAGCAGCAGGCGCCGGCUGCCGCCGGUGCCGCCGCCGCCGGCAUGCCGCAGUACGGCGCCAACCCCGGCGCCAUCCCGCCCGCCAUGCAGUUCAACGCUGCGGCGGCGGGUGCCGCCAGCCACCUGCCGUACGCGCAGUACCCGUACAACAACCCCGCCUUCGCCGCCAUGUACAACAACCCGUACCUGUACUACCAGCAGCAGAUGGGGUACCAGCAGGCCUACCAGGCUCCCGCCGCGGCCGCCGCGCCGCAGCAGCCCUACCUGCAGCAGGGCGGCCAGGCACACAUGGGGCAGCGCGCUGGCGGCUUCCCCGGCUACAACGCCGCCAACCCCGCGGCCGCCGGCGGCCUGCCGGCGGGCGGCUACAACGCCAACCCCGCCGCGGCCUACGGCCUGACCGGCUAUGAGGACGCGACCAACGCCGCCGCGGGCGUGAACGCUGCGGCCGGCGGCGCCGGCGCCUACAACGUCCCCGCGGGCGGCGUCAAGCAGGCGGCGGACAAGCAGGACCCCAGCGGCCUUGGUGGCUACGGCAUGGGUGGCCAGCAGAUGCCGCAGCAGGGCAUGCAGGGCCAGGGCACGCCCGCCGGCCAGGGGCACAUGGGCGGGCACCACCAGGGCGGACACCAGGGCGGCUAUGGCGGCGGCUACGGCAACCAGGGUUACAACCAGGGCGGUUAUAACCAGGGCGGCUACAACCAGAGCGGUUACAACCAGGGCGGCGGCCACUACGGCGGUGGCGGCGGCGGCGGCUACGGCGGCAACCGCGGCGGGUACGGCGGCAACCGCGGCGGCUACGGCGGCUACAACCGCCAGUAGGCGCCUCGGCUGACGCCGGGUGCCGGCACGCCCCGCGCAACGGCGGUUCCCGAGCAGGGACAGGCGAGGGUGAUUGCUCGCGUGGCCCGGUUUUCUUUGGCACGGGGCCGCCGCGGCGUCGGCUUGCCGAGUUUGGGUUUGGUAAGAGCAGAUGCCGUGGCUGAUUGGUUGGCCGAGGCGUAGCAGCGCCCGCACAGGCAAGCAGGCACCUCGGGGGUCCUUGGCGUACCCCCGUGGCGUAAAACUCGAACGUUGUCGCUGUGCCGCACAACCCGUGCCAGCAGCAAACGCCGUCCGUUGAGCGUCGUGCGCGUCGGCCGGGUUUUGACUGGCUGGGACGGCAGGGGUUUACGAUGGCGGCUUGACAUGCCGGUGUGUGGAGGCGUCGGCGACUGUGCAUGUGCGUUGGCGUUUGCAUGCUGUUCGUUUGGUUGCCACCAGCUGUUUUGCCGUGGUUAAGGAGGUACGGCGAGAUUUACCGUCGGUCGGAUAUAUAGCUGCAGGCCUUUGGGCGGGCACGCUCGCAACCGAGUCCCGACCCAAAUGGCGCUCUCUACGAUGCUCUCCGAAUCGCAUUGACUUGUAUUGGGGAUGACAAAAGCACGCUGCCGAAAAGUGUGUGUUGCCGCGGCGCGUACAUGAGCAACUGGGGAGGAGGACGAACAUGGGGCUGUUGCGCUGAACGUGUGCUCGCAGCGCGUGUCGAUGUGAAAGUGCGUGUGUUUGUGCGCACCAGGCAGAGAUUUAGACAUCAUCGGGGAGCUUGGGUAUGAGGCGUGAUGGCCAAAAGAUUGUUUGUCCCGCGCGUGUGCGUGUUUGUUUUUGGUGUGUGCCGGUGCGCCGGCGGUGGUGGUGUGGGAAGCUAGAAUUUCUUGCAGAGAUGAGUGACAUGCGGCGGCGCACGGAUAGGAGUUGCAAUAUUCCUCCCCAGGCAGUCGGGAGCAACACAGGUGCGAUGGGACAGGAACAUUCCUGCUCGCAGGCGGUGAGCGGGCGUUGCUCACCUGGCGAAUGCAGAGCGCAUCGGGCGGAGCAACUGUUGGGGUGGCUGCGUGGGGCAAUGAGUCGGAUGCAGAGCCCUGCGGUGCAGUGCGCACCCCGGGAGCACAGGCGGCAGCAAUGCGCGAUCGCGUCCUCCAGAGGAGAGGCCGAGCCACACACCCGGACACACUUGGACACCUGAGCUGUGGAUUUAAACCACAGAAAUGCACACACAGAGCCUUCUUCUCGUUCCAUUCAUGCUUUUUCCGGGAUGUUCCGGGACUUGACGGGGUUAGCGAAGUGUUUGCUAGUGAAUGCGAAUGCAGGACGCCGUCGCGAGCUCCAGGCUAGCAAUAAACAUCACGAAAGAAGUUAGUGUCAGCGGCAAUGCGGUUACUUGUUACCUUCGAGACGAGACACCGGUGCGCGCUCCACGCUGCUCCGCAUUCGGCACGCCAAACGGAGUCCGAGUGUCGUGGAGACUGCUGCCGCUUGCAGGGGCGGACGUGUUCCAGCUCGCAACUAGGCUGCUGCCAUUCGCCGCGACAACACGUAACCCAUAAAAUGCACCCA